AUGCCCACAAAACUGGCAGGAUUUCUUUCUCUGAAAGAAAUCAUAUUUUUAGAGCACUUAGAAGAGGAGAUUGAAGUGUUUUUGAGGAGUAGUGCAGCUGCUGUCGGUUUGAAUAAGGUUUUUGUUCUUCCUCCUCUAAAUUCUCGAUACAGAUAUCUCACGCACUUCUUGGUGCAUAGAUAUCCUCCCAGCUCCUUGGCGAGUGUGUCUAUUGGAUCAGGAAAGGAGCGAAGGACUGUUAUUUGGAGGAAUCAUUCAAAUAUCAGACAAAAGGGUAAUGUUGCCUUACACAAUCAAGGAACACUGAAAGAACACUCUUGUUAUACAAGAAAUAAAGGAAAAAUGGAUAAAAAUGCCAGAAUACCUACUAAAACAUCUAGAGGAAGAGGUUGGAGGAACCAAAAAAGACCAGAUCAACAGUUUUAUGUUCCUGGUGCUUUACAUCGGAAAAAACAAGAGCAAAAUACUGARAAUACAGAGGAAAAUAUAAGAGAACYAUCAAGAGGUACCACAGAGGCAUUACAAGAAACAAGAAAACAAAAUMAUGAAGAUUGUAUCAAAAAUGUGGGYAAAUUAUCAGAGACUUCAUCUAACUCAUCAAAUUGCARAKKAAUUGAUGAAAAUUCUGAAAAUAAAAAGGAAAAUAUGGCAGAUCACUCUCUGAGCUCUGAAUUAGCAUCUGGACACUCAGAUAGUAAAUCAUUUGAAUUGAAUAGGAAUAGUGUAGAGAUUCUARCUUGUGCUGCACAAUGUGAUGACCAAGAACAAAGUGCUGAAAACAAAGGUGAAAGAUUGGCAGAUCAAACAAUACAGAUACCAACUUUAGUAACACAAAGGGAAUUUAAAUCUACAGAGAUAAAUGUUUGCAAUACUAACAAACUGGAGAAAAAUACAGAAUGUUCAUCAAAAACUGAUGCUAAUUGUCCUGCUCAAACUUUAAGUUGUGAAGUGUCAAARYCACAAGGAUUGGUUUUGUCAAAYUCUARAUGUACUCAGWCUGAAAAUKCCAGUGAACAUAGAAAAACUGUUGAUAUCUCAGCAAUAACAACAAGAGAGAACACAGGAUUAGAUAACCGUGCAGAAAGAACUACAAUUAAUGACUUAAAAGAAAGUAGUGUCAUUUUGUCCUUACAUAAUAACAAAACAAGCAAUGAGAGCUUGGAAAAGUUGAAAGAUAACGUGAAAAACCAGCACGAAAAAGAUUUGGUUACAAGCAAAGAAAUUCAUGAAAAGUGUAUCAACAUUGAAGAUACUAUGCAAGUUAAUAAAGAUAGUGAAAAUAUAAAAGAAUAUGAUGAAGUACAAGCUGACAAUUUACAUAGUAGUUCCUUAAGAAAAGAGGAGAUACAACAAGGAGGUUGUGUGUCUAUCUGUGAACCAYUAAGCAAUGACAUUACUAAAAAAGGGAUUUUUAAUAGUGAAAGGACAGAAAUUCAAAGUGAACAAACAAGCAAUGAUAAUACUGAUAAAAGUACUAAAGACAUUGAUGACACUGAACCUAAAAGGGUUCAAACAAAAGAAAAUGUGAGGGAAGAUAAACAGCAAUGUAAUUUUGAAAAAACAUCAAAUUCACAAAGUCUAGCUGAUGGAGACUUGAAAAAUGAAAAUGCUUUAGAACAAAGGACUCAUCUUUGUAGUGAAGAGAAAAAAGAAAUUGUCAGCACAAAUGAGAUUGACAAUACUUCAUGUAGUGAAAUAUUAGAAGCAUUAGAAGAGACAGUUGAUYACCAUAAUCAAAACAAUGAUGUAUCCACGGAAAGAAAAGCCAAAAUAACUUAUAUAGAGGAUGAAAUAAAGGAAAAGUGUACAGAGAAAAGUGAUUCAAUGGUAUCUGAAAAUAAAGAAGAACAACCCUCCAAACUUGAAAAAGUAAAGAAAAAGAAGAAAAGUAAAAAAUCUGAUCACUUAGAAUCUAAAGAAGUGAAGAAGAAAAAGAAGAAUAAAAAGGAGCACUGUGAAAGCUCAAAGGAUGAGGAAUCUGGUUUAAAUGAUAAAAAAGCAAAGUGCAUAUCGAAGACACAAGUCAAAGGAAAACAAGAGGGUGUCAAGGAGGAGGCUUUGGAUCAAGAUGGGAAACAAACAGGAGAGGAUGAUUCUGUUGAUGAUGAUGAUGAUGAUGACAGCGAUAGCUGGCUUAAUAAAUUCAAUGAUGAUGGGGAGUGCUUAGAUCCUGAGUUGAUCAAAAUGCUGUCCAAAGCAACUGGUAUCAAGAAACCCGUCAAACACAAAACUCAGUUUGACUUCUACUCACUGGCAGAAAAGGAUAUGGAACUGGAUGACGGUUAUGGCCAUAUUGUUGAGAUCUAUGACUUCUCAGCUGACCUMAAAACCCAAGAUUUGACCAAGGCUCUUAGUGRAUUCAAGGAUCAAGGAUAUGAGCUCAAAUGGGUGGAUGAUACUCAUGCUUUGGCAGCAUUUGCCAGCCCUCUUGCCGCUAAUCAAGCCAUUCAGAUGUGCAGRAGCCCUUUGCUCAAGUUACGUCCUGUCAGUCAAGGAAUUGCAGACUCCAAGAAGAAAGCAAAGCGCUGCUUUGAAUUUCUUCAACCUUACAAGCCACGUCCUCAAACAACCAAAUUAACAGCUCACAUGUUAGUAACCGGUGCCUUGGGUGUAAAAUCCCGCAUGACCAAAGAGGAGAAACAAAAAGAGAAAGACAAACUGAAAGAAGCCAGAGAACAAAAAAGACAAGAGAAGCAAAGAAAAGCUGACAUCUGGGGAGAUUAAAAACAGAUAUUUUCACUCAAUUGCUGUAGAGAAAUCUUCAUAUUGUGGUUUUUUAAUUGAUCCGGGAAGCAAAGUACAAUUUCCCCACAAUUUAGUCAAACCGCAAUACAGUGUAAUAUACCGGAAAAAACGAAACAAAUUCGUGCAAAAUAAAGAGCAAUAAAGUGUAGUACGCUAAAGUAUGUUUCACGCCACUAAUGAAAACCACUCUAAACCCGUGAAAUACACUUUGGCGUGCUACACUGUAUUGAUCUUCAAGUGCACGUUUCUCUUUGUCUUUUUGAUGUACCACAAUUUUGUUCACUUCGACCACAAAACUUCGUUUCGUGGGAACGACUCUAAAAUGCAUGGAAGUUUUUAACAUAUUUUAUAUUUUAAUUUAUUAUUUAUAAUAUUAUUUGUAUAAUAUCUUAUGAAUCAUUCUUAAUACAGCAAUUCCUGUAUCAUAUGAUAUUCAAACUUUUAAAUUAAAUUCAUAUCACACAAUUAAAAACUCAUUGAAUUUAAUAGAACUUUCACCAAAAUGGCGCGACAAACAACGAGAAUGUAUAGUGUUUUUGGUCAUGCAGUCCAUCAGAGAAAUAGGAACUGUCACGCUUGCUA